AGGGAGCCCAAGACACAGAUCAGUGCUGUGGUCAAGUCCAGGAACUACUGCACAUAGACUUUUUGUUCUUUGAAUGUUGUAACUCGGUAAAAUGGGCCUGAGCUACUCCAGGGCUCAUCAUAAGGUGACAAAAGUGGCACCAGUGCAAACCAAAGAGGAGGUGCCUACUUCUCCUUGCACUGCUGCGGUGUGUGGAUUUCACAGUACCCUGGAAGAGAGACGUUUAUGCUCCUUUGCAGCCAUGGAGGAGAGAAAUCCAGUGUUUCAAAGGCAGCUUCCACCCCUAAGAGAAACUCUGUAUGGCAGAUGCUCCACAGUGCCCAGACCCAUUUCUUUUGACAUCAUGAUGGAAACAGGAGAAACCAGUAUUAUUAAACAGCAUCCACCUCGAAGACUCCAAAAGCUGGAACCCGCUGACCUUCCACAAGUAAUCACUUCUGAAAAGCUCCUCAGCCAGCAGGAAGGGGCAGCAGCCCGAAAAGCAAAGGAGCUGGAGAAGCGCGUGCAAACUGCAAAAUAUACGUCUGGAAGACGACAGCACUUACACAAGCUGCAGAUGUUAGAAAUGAACCGCAAGCGAGAAGAGAUGAAUCAUUUACAAAGCCAGGAGGAACUGAAGAGAAGUCUCCACAGGGAGGAAAAAAUCAACAAACAAAAAACGAGGGAGCUCAAGGCUGAGAAAGUCCUCGAAAAUCUUCAGAGAAACAAUUGCUCUGAAGGUGAAGACCUUGUCCCCAUUGAGCAUGAUCAAACUUUUAAUGGAGACCAGGGAAAUACAUGGGAUGGAGAAUUCUUGGAGCGACACGAGAUGGCUGAAUCCUAUCCCAGCCAGAGCAGUAAAGUGGAAAUGUGGUUCGUAAAGCAUCAGGAGGCACAAGAUCUAUUUUGGGACAGCUCUAGCACUGACUCGGAUGACUGGAAAAGAGAAGAGAGAAAGCUGGGUCGCAGACCUGCACUAGUGAGAACCAAGACGGAGAGAAUCCCUCUGUUUGAUGAGUUCUUUGAUAAGGAAUUCUAACGGCAAACGAUCCGGGUGGGACUGGAGUCAUGCACUGAAAAAACUCAGUUCUCGGAUUAUGCUUUAAACCCACUGGAGGGAUAGACUGACGCUGUUAAGAAUUACUUCUCUUGUGAAGUAAAUAGAGUUUGUGCAAGUAUGAAGAAAUACAAAGGAACACUGCAGAUACGGAUAUAACCAACCCAUUUAUCUUUGCAGGUUUUGAAGGGCCACUAUUGUGAAGGUGCAUCUGCUUUGUGGAAAAAUAUAAUGAGAAAUUCAGGGGUAUAUACAACAAUAUAUUGGAACUGAAAUUAUUUAUCAUGCAGCUGUUUUAAUGCAGCUAAGAUGGGGGCACAUAGGGGGAUGCCAUUGAACAAGAAAUAAAGGGUAAGACUAGUCCUACAGCUCUGAGACACGCAAAAUGCCCAUUGAUUUUGGCAGGAGUUUUGUGUGAGUUUGGAUUGUAGGAUCAGAUGACCCGACUUUCAGGAGAAUUACUCCCUUCUCUUGUCUCAUCCCCCUGCUCACCUUAUUACCUUUGCUCUGCUCUCUUUUAAGACCCUCUUUGGGGGAGAAACACCUUCAAGGUAGCUCAUAGAGCCUAGCCUGGCACAGCCUCACCCUUUUGUCCUAUUGACAUUUACGAGUACCUAAGCACACACACAAGAGGAAUUGUGGAACUAACAAAACACAUGCCUUACCUUGCCAUUCAGUCACACUUUGACCUCUCCGUCCUCUUGUCGGUAUGUCAUCGAAUUAGCUCAAGAUCUGCAAGUGACCUUUGGCUGGAUUCUGACUGCACUUAUACCAGCAUAACUUAGUUGACUUCACUAGAACUACUCCUGAUUUGUAAAGAUAUCAGAGCACAGUUGGGCCGGUUGCCACCAUCUGUCUAUAAAGAACCUAGCAACAAAUAGUAAAUAAAGAUAAUCGAUCUUAAACCCACAUUCCCUUCCCUCAAUUUUUGACCUCUUUUAUCCUUCAAAUUAGGACAUUUAUUGUCUAUAUACUUAGACAGCCCCAUCAUUGUAAUGCUGAGCAACUCACAAACAUUAAUGAAUUUAGCUCACGACAUCCUUGUUAGGUAGCUCAGUAUGACAAUUCCCAUUUUACAGAUGCGGACUCAGAUAUAGAAAUAUUAUGGUUGGGAUUUUCAUAGGAGCCUGGGGGAGUUAGAUACCCACCGCCAACUGUAUUUCAUUGGGAUUUGGGUCUUUAACUCCCUUAUGCUCUUUUCAAACUCCCAGCCUAAGUGGCUUGCCCAGGAUCAGAAAGUCUGUAGCGGAGACUAGAUUUGAAUCCAGAUAUCCAGUUCAGAGUCUCAACUGCAGGCUUGUACUUCCUUAUCCCCUCUAUCCAUGCAUGUAACUGCCAUGUAAUGAGUCGGACUAGAUUGUCACAAUGGUCCCUUCUGGCCUUAUAAUCUAUGAAUUUUUGCAUCUCUGCCUGCUUCAACCAUGAGAAAAUAACUGACACUGUCCCAAAAGUUCAGACUAGGUACAGUGAUUGCAUGACAAAACCCCUACAAAGCAAACGGAAACCAAAAUCAAAUCAAAUGUUAAAAUAAAACAAAAAAGAGAUUAAUUUUGAGAAGAUGACAAUGUAAACAGUAAAGGUAGCUAAUGACUAAUGACUGUUUUACUUGGAUUCUAUGUUUUAAAAAAAAUAUCUCUGUGAACGCUUUCCAGAUCUCACUUAAUAACCAUGGAUAGGAAAGUAUUGUGAAAGCUUUAUUGGGUAGAGAAAAAAGUCAGCGGUUUAAUGGGAUGGAACAAUUCACCUGGCACUAGACUAUACACCUGUCCUCUAAAUGAUUCCACAUAUUUCCGUCUUGUGUUCCCAUCUGUCAACAAUUAAGCUAUAAUUGGUGGAAAUGGAAUUUAUCCUAGACAAGUGCUGAUUAGUUUAGCGAUAGUUGGGUUGCAAGCGUGUGGAAACACUGCACACGGAUAAGAAUAUGUGGAAUAAUCAGCCCUUUUCACAUGUUUUAUGGGAGGAAAAGAUAUGUAACAUUCAUGAAUCAAAAUUAUUACGUAUGACAUACACUUAGCUAUGGAAAAAAUGUUUGCUGUUUUUCUUGCAGGUCAGAGUUCUUUGAUGCCAAUCAUGACCAUUUUCAAAUGUAUUGAUUUAUUCUAAAUAAUUGUAACCUUUACAGAGGCAGACUGCAACUCAUUUUUACUCUGAUACUUUCUAA